UCACCGCUAUUAUCCUUGUAGCGUCCGCCAUCUUUGCUGCUCCGGCCAGACACCGGUUUCCAUGCGGGGAGAACAAGGCCAAGCGAUGUGCAAGAUGAAAAGAGUGGCACCUGUCUGAAGAGCUGUGGUGUCUUCAUGGAACCUUGUCUCACACCAAGCUGUGACAUGGGAAUAGUGAGGGAAGCCAUAGACCAACAGGAUGGAAGUAUCAGUCAGACUCUGUGCACAGCAUCUUGCUUGAGAAAACCUCACUGGGAUGGGCAGAAUAAUACAAUAGUGGAAGGAUUGGCUUCAGCAGAUAUAGGUUUAAGGAACACAGAACCAGCAGUUGCCCCUGGAGUGGAAACCUGUCUUGAAGAAGACCGGCCAGAGCAGCAAAGCUCUUGCUGCAAGAAAAGACAUCUAGAAGACGUGGAAGAAGAACUGCUUCCUAAGCAGCUGAGGGGGCAAGAAGGAGAGAUAGGUCACGUGGAAAUGCUUGCAGAUGAACCAUGUCCUUCCCCAGUUCCAGUUUCCACUCUUUCGAAAGAGGUUCCGUCAGCUAUCCCAGCCAUAAAGAAGCAUUCCCGUGGGCGGAAACCCCGAAAGAAAGUCUCUGUCCACAAAGAUUCCAUUCCCAAGGGACCAAGCGAAGGCCCCGGGCCAUCUGAGAAUGGCUCCUCUCUUCCUGUUAAAGUGCCAAAGAAGCGAGGACGCAAGUCCAAAGAAGAGCUCCUGUUACUGAGGCUAGCUCAAGGACUGGACAGUCAGUCAUCCGAGUCCCUUUGCCAGCAGAAGUCUCUAUCUAGCAAUGAGAGCCUUGAUUCUCUUGAGACCAUGCCUGGUGGACGACCAAAGCGCCGUGCAGCUAAAGCAGCCCUUCUGUAUCUACAGGAAUUGGCUGAAGAACUGACAUCUGCUUACCAGGCUCCUCCUUGCAAUGAAACCCCAAAGGAUACCCCUAAAACUGAGGAGCCCAGUAAGAAACGACGAGGCCGCAAGCCAAAAGAACAGAAGUUGGAAAAUGAAGAAGAUGUGGACUUUGUCCCCUCAGAAGAAAGUUUUCUGCAGGAGGAGGAGGAAGAAGAGCAUUAUGACCUAGUGAUGAAUGAGGCUAUGAAGUCUGAGAGGGAGUCCAGCUCAUGCAAACCAGUGAGGUCCAAACCUCAGCGCCGAGAAUUUGGUUCCAAUGGCUUGUACAAUUCCAUGAUAGGCCCUAUAUGGAAGUGUCUCUCCAUCACUCACCGCUUACGUGAGCAGCACCAUUCCCACUGGGAGUUUCCAGAGUGGAUUCCCUCUGCCCAGAAGUGGAUUUUUCUCUCAGAGAGUGAAGCAGAUAAAUUCCUUCCUGCUGAGCCCAAGUCCCCACUCUUCUCUAUCAAGAGAGAAGGUUUGCAAGAAAGCAGUGUCUUGUACCGGAUUAACAGGUUUAAUGCCUUACAACCUCAUGAGGACCGCUUAGACAUGACUUUCUUUGUUGGGGGUCCUGUCUGGGCUUUGGAGUGGUGCCCAACCCCUGAAGGCUCUGUGGCAUCUCAGUAUGUGGCUAUCUACUGCAAUCCCAGCAUGAAUGUUCAGCAUUCUUUGUCACAAAUCCAUACAGGACCAGCUCUGCUUCAGCUCUGGGAGCUUGGGCCUAUCCAGGAAGACAAAGGGUCUGUUACCAAGCCAGGACUUGCAUAUGCAAUUGCCACUGAUCAUGGUUGUAUUUGGGACAUGAAAUUUUGUCCCAGUGGCGCUUGGGAACCCCCUAUCUCUCAGCGCAAGCUCCCUCACAUGAGUCGGCUGGGAUUACUGGCUGUAGCCUUUUCUAGUGGCAAAGUGUUGCUGUACAGCCUUCCCCAUGCGGAAGACUUGAAUGCCUACCGAAGAACACAGGUAACAGGUGCAUCUUCCUCUCGGCAUGUCAUCUGCAAGGUCCAGUAUGUGGCCACUUUGCAGGUAGGCUCCAUUCAGGCUGGGAAUUCCUCCGAAUGUGGGCAGUGUUUCAGCUUGGCCUGGAUGCCAACCAAGCCUCAUGAGCAUUUGGCUGCAGGUUUCUAUGAUGGUACAGUGGCUCUCUGGAAUCUGCUCACCAAGUCUCUGUUACAAAGAGUACGCCAGCCUGAUGGCUCCCUCAAACUGUAUCCGUUCCGUUGCUUCCUGGCCCAUGACCAUGCUGUGAGCAACAUCCAGUGGUGCAAAGCAAACAGCAAUUUCGUGGUGACUACAGGCAAUGAUCGCAAAAUCAAAUUUUGGGACUUGCGCCGACUGCAUGAACCUAUCAACAGUAUCAAGCGUUACUUGAGCACAGAGAUUGCCUGGCUGCUACCCUACAGUGGAAUCACAGUGGCACAAGAUAGCUGCUAUGCCUCGUAUGGACUAGGUGGGAUCCACUAUUUGGAUGCUGGCUAUCGUGACUUUCGAGCCUAUUUUGUGCUCCCUCGCAAAGGCACCGUAUGGAGUAUCUCUGGAUCUGAUUGGCUGAACACAGUGGCUGCUGGUGAUAUCGCAGGGGAAUUGGUGGCUGCAGUGAUGCCUGAUCUUUCAGUCAACCCACAAAAUGUCAAGCGGCCAUCAGACCGUCGAUUUCUCAUCUGCAAAGCAGUUUUACAGCCCAAUGACCCACUUAACAAGAUUGCAACAGAGGCAACAGCCUGUGAGAAGCCACAGGCAGUGGGCAAAACGUGCAAUGAAUCGGUAGCCCAGAAUUUCAUUUUCUUCCAGGAUGCUGAUUUGACAUCUUUCAAGAGCCUCUUUAGGCAGAAGCCCCUGAAACGCAUGCCAAAAGAAGUAAAAGAAGGAGCUGUCCUGGGCCGGAUGCAGCUAGAGACUGUACAUAAGGUGCGCUUCAGCCCAAACCUUGACAGCCAUAGUUGGGUAGCGUCUGGUGGUCAGUCUGGCCUUGUGCGACUUCACUGUGUUCGGGCAUUGGUUUUCCCCCGCGGCCACAAGCUUCUCCUUGACUGUCAGGCCCAGUUCAGUUCCAUGUUUGAUUCAGAGAGACAGACUGACUGCCCCACAACCAUCUCAUCUGCGGUGCACACUGCUGUCAGCUGAAUAUCACCCGGGGCAGCUCUAUUUGGGGCAUCAGCAUACAUGGCUGACAAAUUGAAGGCCUUUUGUGAGAAUCCUGGAAUUAUUAGAAUAUACAGAACACAACCAAACAUGAAAUUACAAGAGGAUGUUGGCCAUAUGGAAACAGAUAAGCUGAAGAGAAUGACAAAGGCAGGGUUUGGCCAGAUGAGUGGAAUAUACUGGAGCUUCUAGCAGCACCGGAAGUCAGCUCCUGUUGUGCGAGAAAGGGCAAUGGCGAGGAAUAGUCCAUCCUGCUGUAUCUCUGCCAUGUGGUGAUACUUCUCUCUUUGAGCUCUCUCCUGAGAUUCUCCUGCAUGGCACAAAGUUCAGAAGGAAGGAGGGAUUUCAUCUCCCUCUAGCUAGUCUGGUGGAAUAGUACCCCAUAUUCUUCCUGCAUAGAUCUGGAGAGUUUCCUGAAACCUAGAUCUGCUCUGAUUAAAGCAUCAACAAGACUUUCUUGCCCCAUUGCUCAUCCUGCUUCUCCCAGUCUUGUUGGUGACAAUAAUUUUGCUCACAUUGAGCCAUUUUGUUGUCUUAACCAUUAUUAAAAUGUGUUUUGAUUUGUAAAAGCGCUUUCUUUCUUUGGAAAGGGCUUCACAUGUCCCCUUCCUCCUGUGGUGAUAAAUAAGGAAAUAAGCCUAAGGAGUCCUUGGUGCUCUCUGAGCUUGGCUGCUUGCUUGCAGAUGUUUCAUUACCUAACUAGGUAACAUCAUCAGUGUGAUUGAUAAGGCUAUGUGCAUCUUUGUCUUCAAAAUGAGUUAAGAGUAGUGAAUUUUAGAUACUCUCUUAGGAAUCUGUUUUAGUUUUAAAGAGUAAAUUUGUACCAUUUCCUUUAUCGUGGUAAAUUGCACGUUUGUAGUAUAUUGUUUCUAAGGAGAUCUUGGACAAGACUCAAUCCAUGUCCUAAUCUGUCUUCCAUGACAAAUGCUACUCACAUUCCUCCAUCAGCUGUCAACACCAAGGACUUCUUUCAAACAACAAAGUAGGUAUUCCUAAAUCUUAUAGAGACUCUUCAACUACGCUGCAACUUUUAGCGGUUGCCCAUAAUUUUCACUCUUGUGGAAGACUGAGUAAAAAGGCUAUUUGAACUCUGAGUAUUUAAUAAAAUUGAUCUCUUCCCCCUACCACCA